AUGCUCAUUGAGAUCAAGGAAAUGCGGCGUUCCCGGCUUUGCGCGGACAAGGUGCUUGACCUCUACCGCCGCUAUCCUGACUACAUGUAUGAGAAAACUACUGUCAUUGCCUUCAGCCCGUGGGUGCUGUACUACGUGCGGCAGCGUGAUCGUCACGUGGCGGUGGGGCAGAUCCAUUCAGGCCGUGCCCUGCGCUCGUGGAUUAGCUCGGGUAUUGUGGACGUGCCCUGGUAUGUGCGGCUUUGUCCUGCCGUGCUGGACUGGUUGCUGAAUUACGUGCAAGAGAGCAUCAGCCCGUGGGUCUCUGGUGUAUCAUUGGUGCUUCCGCGCUACGAUCUCUUCUCUGACACAUACAAACGCCGCUGGCACACGCGGAAGAUCGGCGUCGCAGUCUGGGGCUUCACGAGUCCCGCGCAGUGCACACGAGAGAUGCGCUGCCCAGGAGUACUUAUCGAAUGCGACGACAACCACGAAGAGUACGCUGCGCCAAAGCAGCCGCCGAACUUUGAUAUAUUUGGUGACAGANCCCGUGAGCGAGAGCGUGAAGAGGAGGAGCAGCGGCGGCGACUGAAGUUGGGUGGUGAGUGA